CAUCCCGGUUGCUCGGUCACCGUAGGCCGGAAACCCCGCCCCUUCGCCUGGUUGCUAGGGAACUUGUGAGCAGGAAGCCCCGCCCGCCGAGCUGUUGUUGUGACGGUGACAGGCCCGGCCCGACCUGGCACCAACCCCCCCGGCCGGACCUCCGGGCACCGACCCCCGCUGGCUCCGCUUCGCCCCGCACCAUGAAGUGGAUGUUCAAGGAGGAUCAUGCGCUGGAGCACAGAUGUGUAGAGUCUGCAAAAAUCCGAGCCAAAUACCCAGACCGUGUGCCGGUCAUUGUGGAAAAGGUCUCAGGCUCUCAGAUUGUUGACAUUGAUAAGAGGAAGUAUCUGGUUCCGUCUGACAUCACUGUGGCCCAAUUCAUGUGGAUCAUCAGGAAGAGGAUUCAACUGCCAUCUGAGAAAGCGAUAUUCCUCUUUGUAGACAAGACUGUCCCACAGUCCAGCCUAACUAUGGGACAGCUUUAUGAGAAGGAGAAGGAUGAGGAUGGAUUCUUAUACGUGGCCUACAGUGGAGAAAACACAUUUGGCUUCUGAAUGCUGGGGUCUGGCUGCUGCAUCAUCCCGCUAUGUAUCUUGUAAAUAGCCAAUUGUUUUCAGUUAUGACACCCACAGAGGUUUCUCCCAUACACAUCAUGCAUUUGUAACUGGAUUAAUUUCCUAAUAUAUUGAUAGGUCUUGUUUUAUUAGACUGGUAAAUUAU